UCCCUCCAUUAAAAAAGCAAAAUCUCAUACUUUUAAUUUCUUAAUUAUAAAAAAAAUAAAUACGAAAAAAAAAUUUAUAAACAAAAAUUCCUGAAUUUUUUUUAUUAAUCCUUUAAAAAAAAUCGAAAUGAAGGAUGAUGACACUCUGCCAACGACGACGGCGACGGCGAAUUUGAAAAAGGAAAGCUCAGAUUCAUGUUUAUUUGGUCGUGGCCGGUAUAAGUUUUGGGCAUUCGCGGCGAUUUUGUUGCUGGCAUUUUGGUCUAUGUUCACCGGAACCGUUACUCUCCGUUGGUCCGCCGGUAAUCUCAAUCGUCUUUCCGAUGAUAUUGGUAGCCCCAUUCACGACGAUCUAGAUGUCCUCGAAAUGGAGGAGAGGGAGAAGGUGGUGAAGCACAUGUGGGAUGUGUACACUAACAGCCGUCGGAUUAGAUUACCACGGUUUUGGCAAGAGGCGUUUGAAGCUGCAUACGAGGAGUUAACCAGUGAUGUGCCUGGAGUUAGGGAGGCUGCAGUUACUGAGAUCGCUAAGAUGUCCGUACAAUAUGUGGAUCUUGAUCCUCCUCCUAUCCAAUCAACGAGUGUAAGAGAACUGAGCAAGGGUCUGAAAGGCAGAUCCAAGGUAACUUCAAGAGGUCAAUGAUGUGAAGAAAGCUACCGGACCCAAGGAUUUUAAAUGUCUUCCCAACUUUUUAUACUGUCAUUUUGCUGGUGAGCUGCCCAAGUUUAUCAGAGGUAAUGAUCGGCAAAACCAUAUAGUUUUAUUCUCACAGUGGCAAGCUCUGUAUUUAUGUAAGUUAGGUUCACGAUUCCAUUUUAAAGGUUUUUUUGCUGUCAAUGUCUUGUCCUAUGGAUUGGGUGGUGAAGUUAAAAAACAACCUUACCUUACCCAGAAGAUUUUGAUUUACUUAUGUUCAAGUGAACAAAAAAGUUUUUAACCCAUUCUUGCUAAAUAUGGGGAAUGGGAGAAGGAGAUUUGAAAGGGUACUUCAAUUCAUAUAUCAACACAGUUUUGAGUAUGUAGUAUUGGAUACUCUUUUUUAUAUAUUUUUGAGAAAAAAAUGCCUUAUCAUGAAUUUAUUGAAA